AUGUCUGUUCCUGAGAAGACUACAGUCCUUGUUGUCGGUGGUGGCCCUGCUGGGUCUUUCACCGCCUCAGCUUUGGCCCGCGAGGGUCUUGACUGUGUUGUCCUAGAAGCAGACAAAUUUCCCAGGUUUGCUGCCGGUUUUCAAAAAAGGGGGAGGACAGGAUUAAUGUUUGAUAGAUAUCAUGUCGGCGAGAGUAUGCUGGCAUCCAUACGCCAUUUCCUUCGCUUCAUAGAUCUCGACGAAAAGUUUGACAAGCAUGGCUUCGUUCAAAAGAAUGGUGCCGCAUUCAAGCUCAACUCAAAACAAGAAGCUUAUACUGAUUUCCUUGCCGCCGGCGGCCCUAACGGAUAUGCCUGGAAUGUGGUGCGUUCCGAAUCAGAUCAGCUCAUGUUUGAUCACGCAGCCGAAUCGGGCGCCAAAGUUUUCGAUGCGACCAAAGUCAGCUCGAUCGAAUGGGUCCCAACAGAGGGCGCGUCCACCACUGACGCUCCAAACCCGGGACGACCAGUUUCUGCAACGUGGUCUCGCAAAGACGGUACCACUGGCACCAUCAGCUUCGAAUAUAUUGUCGAUGCCACCGGACGAGCUGGUGUUGUCAGCACUAAGUACCUCAAGAACCGCCGCUACAAUCAAGGCUUGAAGAACAUCGCAAGCUGGGGUUACUUUGAAAAUGCCGGCCACUACGGAGUGGGAACUGAUCGUGCGGGUGCACCUUACUUCGAGGCUUUGCAAGACGCAAGUGGCUGGGUCUGGACCAUCCCCCUGCACAAUGACAAGAGGUCAGUCGGCGUCGUGAUAAAUCAAGACGUCGCCACACAGAGGAAGAAGAAUAUGGAAGAUCCAUCCACCAAGAACUUCUUCCUCGAGACACUCAAGGAAGUUCCAGGAGUGCAGAAUCUCCUCAAAGACGCUACCCUUGUCUCGGACGUCAAACAAGCAUCCGAUUGGUCAUACAGCGCCUCGACCUACGCCAGCCCAUACGUCCGUAUUGCAGGCGACGCAGGCUGCUUCAUUGACCCCUUCUUCUCCUCCGGCGUUCAUUUGGCGCUUGCCAGCGGUCUCUCCGCCGCAGCGUCCAUCUGCGCUGUCAAGAAGGGCCAAUGCGACGAGCAGACAGCGCACACGUGGCACACCAACAAGGUUGCCGAGGGAUACACUCGCUUCCUCGUUGUCGUCCUCAGCGCCCUGAAGCAAAUUCGGGCAAAGGACGAGGCAGUCCUAAGCGACUGGGAUGAGGAUGGUUUCGAUCGUGCUUUCGCUCUUUUCCGACCUAGCCGAAUUGGCAAAUUCGAUCGACUUCGCCGCCAAAGCCUUCCAACCCAUUGCCCCCAAGAGAAAGACGCCAUACUCAAGAAACUCGAAGGCACUCACUUAGCUGACGGCAGCAUCAAAGACAGCCAAAAGGCGCAAGAAGCCGAAUCGUUGCUCAGCGAGGAAGAGACGCGCAUCCUGACCACCAUCCGCGCACGCUCGAUGGUGCGCUCCGAGGACACGAUGAACAUCGACAGCUUCAACGCCGACGUCGUCGACGGUAUGAGGCCCGUGGUCAUCAGGGGACAGCUCGGUCUCGAGAAGGCGGAUAAGAUGGCAGACGCUCCGAGGCAGGAUAUCAUGAGCAAGAUGAUUAACGAGGACAAGAUCUUCGCGGACAUGCCUUCGCUGGCUACGGCGGCCACUGAAGCUGUGGCUGCUCACUAG